CGCGCCGUGGCGCUACAAUCGCACACACUCUCCGCCGCCAUUUUCAUACAGACCACGAGCUUUCCCGCAGCCAGAUCAUCAACCAUCCCCCGCAACGACAACGUUACGGGACACGAGUCGUAUCUCAAGCUGCGGUGCCCUUCGCACGUGCUUGGAAACAUUGCAUCCAAAUACCUACUAUUAUAAAUUCUAUUCAAUUACUGGUGGAAGUGACUUGUUUCGCCGAUGACGCUUAUUCAAAACGAAGAAGACGGACGUGCUGAAAACAUGGACGGACCAGCGCGGGAGGAUCGCGGAAAGUCCUUGAGGCCAGUGAGGAACAGGCGAUAUACACGACGAUGUUUUGUAUCGGGUCAGCGUCCCCAAAAAAGACUUUUCACACCAGAAAUCAAACGAUAUUUGAAAGACUGGCUCGUAAGACGCAGAGAUAACCCAUACCCCAACCGAGAAGAAAAGAAGCUCUUAUCCAGAGAAACAGGACUCACAUAUAUUCAAAUAUGCAAUUGGUUCGCAAACUGGCGAAGAAAGUUAAAAAAUGUAAAUGCUGAUCGCAAUCAGUUGACUUGGGGUCAUCUCAUUCGCACUUACAAUGAUCGAGCACAAGGCAAUGUUGAACAAUUUAGUAUCUGUUCAGAUGAUAGCAUUUGGAGUGAGCCAGGAGAUAGGAAUAGUCCACGUGAUACAGAUAGAUUUGAAAGCAGUCCGGAUGCAAAAUCUGAGUAUAAAAAUGAUGAAACAGACGGGUCAAUUGGCUCUCUAGACCAGAACGAGAGUUUUAACAAUAACUGUAAUGAAGUCGACCUCACCAUUUCAAACUGUGAUGAUGCCAAAACGACAACUAGCCCAGUCCUUUUGAGCAAAUGGUUGGAGAGCGCUGCGCGAUUUCAACCAAGUGAAACUAAUUAUUCGUGGUGGGCGGAAGGAAGACGAAAAAAGCCGGAAUUCAAAGUGCAACGGGGCUCAAUGAAUACACUUCGACAUGACAGGGACGAAGUAGAAGCAGCAGUUGCCCUAACCACUUUAGCCGCCAGCCGCAUUACUGCUUUAUAACUUUGCAUUUUAAUUCCUUUCAUACAUAAUUAUUUGUACUUAUGUUUAUUUUAAUGAACGAGUUUUUCAUUUAAAUAAUAAGGUUGAUUAUAGCAUUAAUUUAAAGAUUGCUCAAUGGAAAUUAAUAUAAUUUGAUGCCCUACUAUUAUUUCUUAUCAUUAAGUUAAUGUAGUAAUCCUUGUAGAAUUAAACAAAGCAAGUGAUCAUGUAGAUAUAUUAUUAUCGUAGAUACCAACCUUCUAAUAAGCUAGGUAAGUGCUGCCUACAAGGAACGCUAUUAUUUUGAUCUCUUUUAGACUGGCUAUAUCAUAACCAAAGAUUGUUUUUUAUAAUAAAAAUGUACACAUCUAUGUUUUUUUUUUUUUUUGUUAUUUUACCCACCACCGUUGCUGGUUAUUAAGUCGCUGCAAACCUA